CACUGUCCUGACGCGGAAGUCUCUCUUCUCUCUCUCUCUCGCUCAAUUUUUUUUCCCAACACCGCCAUUGCAGUGAGUCUGGGAAGGGAGAGAGAGCUUCCUGCUUUCACCGAUUAUGCCUCCUCCUCCUUCCAGACCAAGUCUCAACGGCGACAUCGGUCAUCAUAGACCUCCUCCGGUUGCUCAAACGGUGAGGCACCAGCAGCCGUAUUACCGGAGCUACUCGUCGUCAUCAUCGGCGUCGCUGAAGGGUUGCUGCUGCUGCCUAUUCCUUCUAUUCGCGUUCCUAGCUCUUCUGGUACUAGCGGUGGUGCUGAUCGUGAUACUGGCGGUAAAGCCGAAGAAGCCACAGUUCGAUCUGCAGCAAGUGGCAGUGGUGUACAUGGGAAUCUCGUCGCCGAAUAAUCCAAACCCUAGCGUUCUGGAUCCAACCUCCGCUUCCAUCUCCCUCACCAUCCGCAUGCUCUUCACCGCCGGCAACCCGAACAAAGUCGGAAUCAGGUACGGAGAGUCCAGCUUCACGGUGAUGUACAAAGGCAUACCACUGGGAAGAGCGACGGUGCCUGGAUUUUACCAGGACGCGCACAGUACGAGGAACGUGGAGGCCACCAUUGCCGUCGAUAGAGUCAACCUUAUGCAAGCUCACGCCGCCGAUCUCGUCAGGGACGCUUCCUUAAACGACCGAGUCGAGCUCACCGUUCGCGGAGACGUUAGUGCUAAGAUCCGAGUCAUGAAUAUCGAUUCCCCAGGCGUUCAGGUAUCAGUGAAUUGCGGGUUAGGCAUUAGUCCAAGGAAGCAAGCUCUGAUUUACAAGCAAUGUGGCUUUGAUGGCCUCAGCGUCUAAUUUCCAAACUGUAACAUAAUAUUUUAUAAUUCUACUGACCACUCCCAAAAACUGUGUGGAGGUUCAAAAAAGAAAAAAAGGUUAGAAGAUCCAGCCAAACUGGUAAAGAAACGGAACAGAUUACAUCUGGGAAAUUUUUGUUUGUGUUCCUUUUUACAAGCAGAAAUUAAAAUAGCAACAAUGUUGUUUAUCAAAGAUACUAAUCAGUAAUUACUCACUCUGCAAAUCCC